CACGCCCACCACCAUCCCAGCAUUCCUUCCCCACCACGCCUCUGUUACUUUUUUAAUUAAAUAUCCACAGUCGCAUUGAUCACACCACCGCGCUCACAUCAAUCACCAUGUCUCAUUCCUGGCUGCAGCGCAAGCGCAAAGGCGAGCUGUUGGAGCUGGCGCAAAAAGCUAGCAUUCCUGACGCGGACACGCUCCUGAAGGAUGACCUGGUCGCCGCCCUCGAAGAAACGCUCGAGGCAAACGAGACCACUUUCGCGAAGCAGCGCGCAUUCAGCGAGUUCUACGGCCGCGGCGGAUCACCCAUAAAACGCGAGCGCUCGUCGCCCGAUGCUGUGGUGCUGACCAAGACGCGCAGCAGACGUCAGACUCUGAACAGAAAUGGGGAUUCACCCGACGGCACCAGCACACCGGACCGACCAAGUGUAGUCUCGCGCGCACUCGCGAAGACCCCGCGCGAGGUCUCCCAGGUGACCAGGCGCGUCUCCGAGCGCGUCACUGAGGCCACUCCGCGCGCGCCCCAAGCCGACCUACGCGCCACGGAAGUCAACCUGCCUGCGUCUCCCGCGCAACUCGCUGACUUUGCCGACGAGUCAUUCCAGGUGGUCAAGGAACGGGCGACAGAGAUCUGGGACAAGACGCGCAUCGAUGAAGCUAAGGAGUGGCUCCGCGAGACCGCCAGCUCUGUCAGCGCAAUCCAGACCCUCAUUCUGAUCUUGGAAGCCGCGACGCUGCAGUAUAACACGCUCACAGACACGCAUUAUCUUUUCGACUCUCCUGCCACUACUGGCUUCAAUGCCAGAGAGGUUCGCUUUCCCAAUCUCACCAAGCUCGCGGGCUCUGGCUGGUGGGGGCCCGCAACGCUGUGGUCUUUGACCAACUGGGCGCUGCCCCUCAUCUUCUCGUACUUCUUCAACCUGACACUGCGCACAAACACGCGCCACAAGUCUUCUAAGACACAGUAUACCAUUGACCCGUUCACCUUCAACAUCGCAAAGGCUAUCCUGGCCUACAGCGCCUACUACGUCUACACCACAGCCGACGCAUCGCUUCUGGGCCAGCCCAACACGGUUCUUGCGCAAACCCCGGGCUGGGGUCCGUUUUCGGAAAGCUCUGUUGCCACCGUGCGGGACAACAUUCUCGGCGGCUACUACGGCAUCCAGAUCGGAAGCCUGGUCGGCGUGCUAGUCAGCCUGUACGACGCUGCGUUGAAGAAAUAGGGUCGGGCGCGUGCUCCUCGCGACCAAAGAAACGACCCUUGGAUGUAAACGACGGGAACGGUAUGGGCGUGUUCCUUCUUUGGCGUUUUGGUAUUCUUCCUUCAUUCUUCAGCGCGUGCUUGACCUAGCGUUGGCGCGCAUGGGGGUCGGGCGUUGGAGGUCAUCUCAGAUACAGAUACCUCGUUGACGGGUAUUGUCGCUCUUGAGAUCGGAUUAGACCCGAUCACUGACUUUUGGAUACUCGAAUUUCAGUUGUUUC